AUGCAAGGCAAGAUUUCCAAAGAAACUGCUUCUCAGCAAGCACUUGGAAACCCAUAAACAGAGAGAGGGAACAGAAUUCACGUGUAACAUAUGCCACCAUACUGAGAACUCCGCUCAGUUACUCAGUAGCCAUUUUGAAACAGGUCACAGCAAAAAAAUGCUUCACGUUUGCACAGUCUGCUUUGUGGGUUUUACUCAGACCUCGGUGUAUCUCCAACAUGUUACCUCUCAUCCUGGUAGGCAGUCCUUCAAUUGCUCACAUUGUGACAUCACAUAUGACAGCCAAUUAGAUUUGCUCAAGCAUACCGCAAUGCAUACAGGAUCAGGGACGGGAUACACGUGCCGUGGUUGUGAAAAAUCCUUCAAAGAUGCGCAAGAGUACAGCGAUCACUUCCUGGAACAUGCUGACUCGUCCAAGGAAAACAUAUUCGAAUGUUGUAUAUGCAGUCAGAUUUGCUCUAAUCUUAGCGAGCUGAGAGCACAUGAAAAAUCCCAUGUUGGUCAGAUGCCCGUUCCAGAGAAGAUUCAUGUUUGUCCCCAUUGCCAGAAGUCCUUUAAGUUGUAUACCAAGCUGAGAGACCAUAUGGAGAGCCAUUCAGAGGUGAAGAAGUGCCGGUGCCACUUAUGUGGUAAGCGUUUCAACCAGCAACGUAAAUUACGUAUGCAUCUUGAUCUGAUGCAUCGGGGAAACAAGAAAAACUUCAAGCUCUCAAAUGAUCUAGAGAGUGUCAGCACAACAAGCUCAGCAAGCGAAGAUUUUCAGCACUACCCAAUGUCGUUUACCAUCAAGGAGGAACCUGCUAGUGACGGGCUAUCAGAUAAUGCUGUGCCACAAACUCAGGUUGCUGCAGUGACAAGUGUGACGUCACCAUGGCUAGGACGCCCACAGGAGGCUAAAUACAGGGACCAAUACAAUUUCAAUCACAGCAACAACAUUGCUGUUUCACCACCAGGCAUUACUAAUCGCAAUUUUUCCGACAUCCGCCAAGUGAGUAGCUCUCCAUUCAAGAGAGACACCCCAAGUGGAAGAUCUUCAAGGUCAUCAUAUGGGAUGCCGCCAACUGUCGAACAGGAUGUCAUGAGUCACCAUUCUUUGAACAAUCACACAAAGAGCCUUACAGAUUUUCCUGCACUUAACGAAGAUGAGCCAAUGAAUUUAUCAUUUCAACCUAAAAGCAAAGAGAACAGAGAGACUGUGAAAGAGGGCUCUGUUCGCAGUUUGAUGAGCUCUAGGUCAUACCCUGAUGAUGUCUUUAUGGCUUCUGGUCCAAUCAACAUGAGUGGAGUCUCUGAGAUGCGACAACUAGAGCAAGUUGUGUUUGCCGCUGGCCAACAAAGUAACCCACCCCCUGGAUUCAUGCACCCCCACCCACGUGAUUUGACACCCGGCUUGCCAAAGGGUCGUCAUUACAGCCUUGAUGGUGCAUUUCCAACACGCCUGGCUGAUGCUGUUCGGGCUCCAAUGAUGCUUCCUAGUCCUAACACAACCCUCAAUAAAUUUGCUGCCAUACAGAGAGAUCGGGAACGUGACAUUAGGGACAGAGAGCUCCGUGAGAGGGAAAUCCGCCAGAUGGAACGAGAUCCACGUGAUGCUCAUGAGCGAGAAUCUAGAGAACGUGACCAACAAGGAUUCUCACCGUCUCCACAUGAAUUCAGGUCACCAUACUCUGCAAGUAUUCCAAGUGGCAUUAACCCCAGUGGCGUCAGUCCCAGUCAGAUGAGUCCUCAUUUCCCUGGUAGUCGACACCCCACCCAGGGAGACACUCCAAGUUUGAUAAGUCCCCAGUACCCACAUGCUCUGAUGCGACAACACUCCACUGGCCCAGGGGGUCUGCGCCAUGACCCUGCCCAGAUCUCCCCAGGGACUGCAGCACAUCUUUCCCCCAACUCCCCAAACAGCACCACAACAUCAGAUGGCCCUGGGGGAACCCCCGAUAACCAACUUCCAGCACCAUCAACUUUCCAAGUUGGGGAACUUCGAUGCGACAUUUGUGGUAUCCUGUAUGAGAAUUUUCCGCUGCUCGAGAACCACGCUAAAGUUGUUCACAAUCGUUUCCCUUGUGAAAUUUGCUGCAAGUCUUUCACACAGAAAGGAAAUCGUGAUCGCCACUUCAGGAUCCACACAGGAGAAAAGCCGUAUGCAUGUCAGGAGUGUGGGGUGUCGUUCAUGCGUGGAGACGACUUGAAGUAUCAUCAUAGUACAAAGCAUGUUGUCCUGCGCCCAUUCGACUGUAAAAUCUGCCAUGGAUCUUUCCACCGCAAGGCAGACUAUGUAAAGCAUAUGCAGCUCCAUAAUAUUGAUGUAAAUGCAAGUCAGGGCAUCAACGUUCUGCGGGGUGAUGUCCUUAGAGGUCCAGAACAAGGCGGCAAUCCACGGGGAUCUAAUGAGCCACACCAAAGUCCUGAUGGGGAUAUCUCUUCUCCGAAUGAUGUCAUGAGAGGAAUGCCACAAGAUUAUAUGAGGGGAGCCCCAGAGAUGGCACUUGGACCUCAAGAAAUGUCACGCAUGUCUCAAUCUGCAUUACAUCACGAAGGACAUCAUGGCCCACCAGAUCAGUUCCGGAGCCCUGUCCAUCAACCCCCAGGUUCAAUGUCUACAUCUGCUUUAAUGCCAAACUCAUCUGCAAUGUCCAUGGCAGAGGCAGCUGUCAAUGCUACUAUAAGUUCAUUGAAUUCAAGACUUUAUUCUUCAUCUUCAACUAAUUAAUCUUGUGCUUAAAAGCAGAUAUGACAAAAUGACUGAGAGUAUAUCAAAAUAACAAUGUAAUUAUUACUUCACCAUAUGACAUUCCUUAUAGGACAUUCCAUAUAAAUUGUAUUUCCAAUUUUACAUUUUCCAAAAGUGAUGUGUUUCAAAAUGAAUCGUGAUUCCAAGUGAUUCAUAAAUAAAUCGGGUUCUUGCAUGCAGUUGUUUUCCAAUCAUCAGAAUUUCACUAGAAGCAUUGUAUAAAACAAUAUGUUUUGUCACUCCAUUUAAUUUAGCAUGCUUGUAUUAUCAUAGACCUUAUCAGGAGUUAUGUUCACUGGACAAAUUCCAUACUGGUGAAAACUCCAUACUGGUGAAAAUUCCAUAGUACAGUAGUAGGGAAUUUCAUAAUAUAAGUACUACACUGUUGCACUUCACAUCUUACAUUCAUGAGAUUUCUAUAUUUUGUUUGAUUAAUUCUAUAUAUUUUUCAAUGACUUCCAUAACUACAUUAAUUUGUAGAAAAAGAGGGAUUUCCUGAACAAUAAUAUAUAUUAUUUGAAAAUUAGAAUGUGCCUGUUUUGAGAUAUAUAUUUGUUAAUGUCGAAAUUGAAGCCAAAUGCUCAACUUCUCCUGUGUCAUAAAACUAUCCAUGAAUGUGGUUAGAUAUCCCAAUGUAUGAAAGGGAAAACUAUUUUUUUUGAAAAUGCCAUAUAUUAUUAGUACUUAUUCAUGCACAUUUAUGUGUAGUAUUAUAUCUUUAGUGGUAUAAGUCUUGCAUAAAGUAUUUUGACCCCCCCCCCCCAUCAAAGAAUACAAUAUCUAUGCUGGUUGGGAAAAUAAAGUGGGAGACCAGAGACUUGGUGUAAGACUAAAAUUAUACUGUAAAACAUGUUAUUUCAGCUUGCUAUUCUCACAAUACUUUCAAUAUACUUUGAAAAUUCCUAAUUUGUGAAAAUUUCAUAUGUGAAUUGAACAUGUUUUACAGGAUACUAUAUUACUGCCUUUACUUUCUGUACAUCUCCUGGGAAUUUCUUUUGAAAACUAUGAUACUGGAAAACUAGUAAAUAUAUUGUUAAGGUUUGAAAUAGGACAUUUAUGGCAGUCAUUUAUGACUAUAUAUUAACUAUUAAGGAAUUAAAAAGUUUGAGCCACUUUGAUAUAAGCUCCACAAUGAAAUUUUUGACUUGAUAUUGCAAUUGAAAAUUGCAUUAUUUUAUUGUACAUAUCACUGGUACUUCCUUAUAAUAAAAUGUAUUAUAUUCCUGUUUUGUAUAUAUGUAAAAUUACUACUUGUGGACAAAGUAUUUGAAUUAUGUAAGUAUGAAAUGCUUGUUCAGUAAGACUUGUUCAACUGAACGCAAAUUGUGUUCAAUUCACCAAGUUUUACUGCACCGUAUAUAUUGGGUGCUUGUUUGCAGAUGCCAUUCCAUUCAGGUAAUAUAGAGAUACAGUAAAACACUGUCUAAUGUGAACAUUUGAAAAUGAAGUGUUCUCUGUUUUGGGUGUUCAGUUUUAGAAAGUUAAGUAUGCACUUCUGUUUUAUGAGGUUUUCACUACAGCUCACUCACAGGUGUUCACUUCUAAAAUUUAGACAGGUUUUACUGUUGUUUGCAGUGGCCAUUAUUGUUAUUAUAUGUGUACAAGAGCUUAAGUGGCUGUCUAAUGCUUAAGUACUGCGAAACACAGAUUCACCCUUGAGGGUUAUUUUUAUAGUGUGCCCAGUAGUUGCUAAAAGCAGAGAAUUAAAGCAAUUUAAAGAAAUACUGCCAAAUAUGGUUAACGCUAUGUGAUAACAGCCAAUACUUAGGAAAAUGAAUACAUGUCCUAGUUGUACAGUAGUUUGCAAUACGUUAUAUUUCAUGGUGCUUUUAGAGGUGUCAUAACCCACAUAUAGGUGCAAUGCUUCAAUUUUGAUCAAGAUUCACCUUUGCCAUAUAAGGAAAUGUCAUGUUACUACAACAACAUCAAAACUGAAUUUGUCCUAUUAUUAUUAAGAGGGUAGUUUGUACUCAUAGCUUUUGGGUCUCCUGGUUGAAAUAGACAUAACAGGAAAAAAGUAGACAUGUUUUAUAUACCAAGGGGUUUUCUUGAUCAAAUUAAUUGUGUAUUAUUUUGCUUUUGCUUGCCUAGAAUUGUUUAUUGACUGCUUUUGCAAUUUACAAAUUUGUAAAAUGCCAAUAUAAGUGUUUGCAAUAUGACUUAAUUUUAUCUUCUUCACAUGUUUAUGGUUCACUGCUUUAACUGUAUAUUUAAAGUUUAAGGUACCUGUAGAUUCAUAGAAAUGUACUAAAGCAAAUAGGUUGGGAAAAUUUGUACAAUUUGGGGAAUUAUUGGCUGAGCUAUUCCUUAUUUGCAGUAAAGAUGGAAACUUAAUUUUAUAUUUGACUUUUACAUUUUACUCUAAAAUGACAAAAAGUUAAGUUUCAUAUGGGUUUGACCAGGACAGUUUAUUUUAACCUUUUGAGGGUCUUGUUUAGAAACUUCUUAUGCUAUUAGAAGCAUUUUUAACAAUACAAAUGAUGAAGAAUUGUGCAAAUAUCCUAGAACAGUGCAAACCUUAAAAAUUGUUGUUAUUUUAUGAAGUGUAUUAUGGGAAGGGCAAUGGUUUGUUCUCUUUGUUAUUAUUAUUAUUAACAUAUUGCCAUCCAUGUUUAGUAAUCUGUGUGGUCACGUUUUGAUAAUCAGCGAUCUCCCUAGUCAUGAUUUAAGACCGCCUAAGGAGGUGUGUGUAAUAGGGUGGGGGGGGGGGGGUGUCAUAAGGGCUAGCUAGACUACAAACUCCUAACUUGAAAAUGACAAAAAUCCUAAAAGUGUACAAUUUGAUCCAACUUUGGUCAGAAUUGUUGAAAUAGAUAAAAUUUUGCGACUGCGCUUAAAAAACACAUAUGGUUCGUUAGAUAGGAGAGGAGGCUUGGAUGCUCAAGGGGAUCUUUUGUUGAAAUAAAUUGCCUAAACAUGUCCAGUGAUCUUCCCAGAAUUAAAGCAGGUGGGUGUAGCACCCACCUGAGAUUCUGAAAAUAGGCUUGCACCCACCUGAAAAUCCAUUUGCACCCACUUGAA